AUGCGGGAAAUCUAUUUGAAGGAAACUGAUUAUCAUUCUAAUGGGAUUUCACCACGUACAUGGCUAGAUGUCGAUACGCUCAUACUCGUCUCACAUUCUUUGAAUUGCGGUAGGUAUGGAUAUCAUUAUCUUCAACCUGACUUACCGGAUCUCAAGAGGGUCAUUUGGAUCUUCCACCCUAAUGCACUUCAAGAUCAAAAUCAAGUACAACCUGAUGAGGACGGGAAUUGGACGCCGAUAGAGGAGAAAUUGAUGUUUGAUUUAUCCACGAGAUAUCCCAAGAUCCAAAUCACGAUUGUGAAUGUAGGACCUGGACGACAUUAUCGUCUACAUAGCGAGAGGGAUGUUGAGAAAACUGGUAGAACCCAUGAUCUCAAAGCUGAGGAUAUACUCAGAAAGAAUUUUCCAACUCACCUUGGAUCACGGAUAGAUAAAAACGGAGAGGAUGGGCAGAAGUUGUUCAAGUUCAUGGAUAGUGGACAAGUUGGGCGGGGGUAA